CUCUCGCUGCUGCAUUCAAUCCUUUUUAGUGCUUCAUCCAUUUCUCUCUUUCAUCUUCCGCUGCUUUCUGCACUUUAGCCUCUCGCUUGCUUGAUUGUUUGUUUUGUGCAAACUGCUAGUCGAUCGUUGUCCCCUCUGCCUCGGAUUUAGAACCCUGCAGAUCUAUCAAUCCACUCGCUUUCGUCUAUCUAGAGGGCCAUCGUUCAAAGAGCAUCAGCAUCUUCAUUCUCUCGAACCUGUAUUGCAAUUAUUUACUUCUUUCCCGAGUUCAACCGAAGAGUCCGAUCUUUAGUAUCAAGUCUUGCAAAUGAGUCUCUGGGUCGUUCCUCUUAGUUACUAACCCCUCCUCGCAUCAUGCAUCCAACGGGAAAUCUUUUGACCGCUGCUUGUCUGUGGACAGGGGUCUUUGCCUUCAUUCCUUAUGAACUCAAACUUGAUCCUCCGACCACCCAGAACGCCCCAACUCGUCGCUUUCUGCCCUGGGAAUCACUAAGCGAUGCUUUGAUCAACAGCCAAGCUUCUUCCAAGGCUGAUGAGCCUGUUACGCUUGAUGUAAAGAGAGCCCCCGUUCGUCGGAACAAUGACUUCAAUAUCGUCCUGUCCAAGACGCCUUCCUGGCCCAACACCGCCGCCCUCGACCAGAACGGCAAUGACCUCACUUACUUCGCAGUGGUCAAGAUCGGCUCGGAGAAUCAAGAAUUCUAUAUGAUGCUGGACACGGGCGGCACUAACUCCUGGGUGUUCAGCUCGAACUGUGCGACCAAAGCUUGUAGCAUGCACGACACUUUUGAUGAAACGAGCUCCUCAAGUAUCAAUGUGACCACAACCGAGUGGAGUGUCGGAUACGGAUCAGGAUCUGCUAGCGGCCUACUUGCCACCGAUAAUCUGACAAUCGCCGAUGUUGAAGUGCAGUUUACGUUCGGACUCGCUACCAAUGCCUCCAACAACUUUGAGUCAUAUGCCAUGGAUGGAAUUCUAGGAUUUGGUCGCUCCAACGACACCUCUUACAACACUCCCACCUUUAUGGACGCCGUGGCUGAGCAGAAGAACUUCGACUCCAACGUCGUUGGCUUCGCGCUUUCACGCACUAAGAGCGGCGAGAAGGAUGGCACUGUCACCAUCGGGGGGGUGGAUAAGGACAAGUUCACCGGUCAGAUCUCAUAUACUGACACGGUUACUGGAUCCGGGAACUAUUGGCGAAUCCCGGUCGAUGAUGUUUACGUUAAUGGAAACGCCUGCGACUUUAGCAACAAAUCGGCCAUCAUCGAUACGGGAACAUCAUACGCCAUGCUUCCCUCCAAGGAUGCGAAGGCGCUGCACGCGUUCAUUCCAGACUCCACUGCUUCUGGCGACUAUUUCCUCAUCCCGUGCAACUCGACGGCCAAUGUUCAAGUGGUUUUCUCCGGGGUCAACUAUACCAUCUCGCCGCAAGACUAUAUCGGUUCUCAAUAUAAGUCUAGCUGCAUCUCUACGAUUGUGAGCUAUGAUUUGUUCGGAGACGAUAUCUGGCUUCUGGGCGACGUCUUCUUGAAGAAUGUCUAUGCCGUGUUCGACUUCGAUCAAAAACGAGUCGGCCUGGCCGCCCGUGCCUACUCCGGAAACACCACCUCUUCGAGCUCAAGCAAGGCGAGCAAUUCAUCCUCGACUGACAUCUCUACUGGAUCCACUGCCUCUUCCAGCUCUUCCAAUUCUACUGGCAACUCUGCUAGUGGAGGAAUAUCCGUCCAUGGUUCCACAUACUAUCUACCUGCUUUGGUGGUCGUCUUAUGCACUUUCCUGCUGUAGACUUCUUCAUUGCAUUAAAAAACUCACGUUCUGGCACAUACUGAAAAAAUUUCGAUUCUCCAUCUACUCUGGUAGAUUGCGCUUGCACCCAGACAUUUCCGAGGAUAACCCAUGUGGUAGUCUAUUAUUAGCCUACAAAUACAG